AUGAUCGGUAGCGGGCUGUCGCGUGCGAGAGGGCCCCCUGAGACACCGCCACGGACCGGACCGGCGUACGAGACAUCGCUGAGGAUUCCGCUGCCGAUUCGUCGGGUAACAAGCCCGACAGGGGCCAAGGAGGGCAUGCGGGGCAAAACAGCCAUGGUGCUGCCGUCAAGACCGUCCGCCGGAGUGACCCGUGCCACUACUGGACCGCUGCAUGGCAAUCCUGCAUCGACGGCCAGCUCGUCCACGGGCCCACAAGGAAAAACGGCCAGCGGGGCUGAAGCGAGCCGCUUGGUGUGCCUGCCGUCGGAAGGCUUUGAGUGUGAAGAGCGGCAAGUGGAGGCAGCGCAAGCUGGGUCGGCGAACAAGGGUGAGCGCGGCAUGGGGGAAGUAGAAACCGAGAGAUCAACCGCAAGGCCACGAUGCCCUUGUCUGUCCAGCACUGCCUGAUAUGCAGCCAUCAGGUGAAGAGCUCAUCACAUUGAGUGACGACGAACGGCCAGACAAGCAAAGCAGUACAAGGGGAGAAGAGGCCGCCGCAAAGCCGGCCAGGUCUGUGGGAGGGGCUGAGACAGAUGCAGCCAUAGCUCUGGUGAACAGCCUGGUGCAAGAGUGCGAGAGGGUGCGAGCAACCGCUCCUACCGAGGACACAUUGGCGCGGCUGAUCCGCCAGCAAGAUGACAACACAGAGGCCUUGCGGCUGCUGCAUCAGGACCUACGCAAGCUGAUGGAAAGCACAGGUGAGAGGAGGGAAGGGCCACACGCUGGUGUGGAUGAGACAUUCGUGGAUGGCCAAGGAAUAAUGGCUGGUGAAGGUCUCCAUGGUAAGAGAAGGGAAAGAGGGAAGAGUUAACACACUGGACUUUCCAUUCCCUGUGUGUCUUACAGAGAUGGAAAGCGCUGUCCCCAUUGCCGAGGUCGCGCCUUUGGAGCAGCGAGCUGCCGCGGCUUGCGAGCCUCCCGCAGCCCCAGAAGGCCUCGUUUUGCACGCAUCUGCUCAGCCCAAUCAGAAAGCCAUUGCAUCCUCCGUGUACGUGACGCCACAACGAGAAGCAGCAGCGGCAGCGUCCCCAUCUCUCCCCCGUGUUGCGGUGACCCCGAUCUGGAGCAGCGACAGCCCGCGAUCAGCCAUAAUCGUCCCUGCCCCUGAUGCUGAUAUCAGCAGCGACUCGGACGCCGACGGGCAAGAGAGCGACCAUGAGGCGCCGCAGGACAAGGAGCCGGGAGUGACCGAGACAGAGUCCCCUCCCUCUCCGACCUUCCGAGACCAACACUACGAGGUGCAAGCGGAGGAGACACGGCCCCGUGCGCGGAUCUACAGCACUAUUUCCGAGCCCACUGGGAUGGCUGCUCUCGCACGGUCAUUUGGGGGCUUACAAGGACCGUCCUGCUCGUCACUCGAUGUCCGCCGCCGUCACUGUGCCGCCGCGACCGACGGUCGUCACUGUUCCAGUCACACCCCCCUUCCCCAUUUGGCCUCAUGUGCCCGACAGCAGAGGCAGCCACGUAG